CAUGUCAGCCCUGCUUCCCCCGGCUGCGUCGUCUGACUCAAGCAUCAAGGACCACUUUCUCUUUCACUCAAACGUUCCAGACAGCUUCUCCGGUGUGCCAGAAGCGCGUAAAAAGCAUUGGAGAUGCAGAUCAAAGCUCCUCCAAACUUUCAGCCUGAGGAUGCCAGGGCGAGACAGACUUACGCUCCCCCUGUGCAUGCCCGCUACAGAAAAUUUGACUUGUACCGCAACGUACAGCAAUUUUACUACAUUGACAACCAUGCUAUUCAGGUAGCCCAAACUGAGCAUGACAAUUUCACUGAUCUGAUCUACCACCUUGUGUACAGUCAGAACCUGCAGGCUGAUCUGGACAAAGUCAGAGUUAUUUUCCGAUGGAUGACCUCAAAGAACAUGUACACCAUCAACUUCCGGGAAGGAGCCAAACCCAACAGCCCUGAAGAAGUUCUGCUUUCGUUCAAAAACAAACAGGGAACGUAUGCUCGCAUCUUCGAAACCCUCUGCAGGUUCGCUGGUGUCCACUCCAUUGUACUGACCGGGUACGCCAAGGGUCUGGACUAUCGUCCUGGAGACAAGUUCAAGGGCAACGAGUACAACCACAGCUGGAAUGCUGUCUUGCUGGACAACAACUGGUACCUGGUUGACUCGCACUGGGCCACACGCUACCUGGUGUCUGAGAAGAACAUGCCAGAGAAUUUGGUGUAUGAGUACGACGACUUCUACUUUUUGACGGAUCCAGAGCAACUGAUCUACAGCCAUUGGGCCCACAAGAACGAGUGGCAGCUGCUGAACACCCCUGUCACCCUGCAGGACUUUGAAAACCUGCCACUGGUCAAAUCCUAUUUCUUCAAAUGUGGCAUGUUCUUUGUUUCUCAUCACAAUGGUGUUGUUGAUGCAAAGAAGGGAAGACUGGCACUGACUCUUGGAUUCUGCAAACCCACAAACUUCACAUACAAGAUCACGUUUGCCGACACCGGUGAGGAGGUAUACCAGGGACAGAAACUGAAGAACUAUGCCCUCCAGCACCAGGGACAGAACCAGACCACGACUUUCGUCUUCCGUGCUCCACGGGCUGGACAGUACUACUUCACUAUCUUUGGACAGCUUCUCACCGGGGAACUGGGAGUAAAGAACAUCUUCACUGCAUCUGCUGAGUACAAGCUGGUUGUGGAUACCCCAUCCUCCGAUGCGGCUCCCCUGCCUUCCUGCUCUGACAGCAGCUGGGGCCCUGGUGUGGCCGUGGACCAACUGGGCAUCGUCGCCACCCCUGCUGACGGAAUUGUCACAACAGAUGACGGACGUGUGGAGCUGGAGUUUGCCAAGACAAAACCGGCCUACGUGCUGUGCAAGCUGCGUAAGAAUGGCAUGAAGGACGAGGAGCUGGAGAAGUACAUCACUGAGCAAGACGAAGGGGAUGUGGUCAAGGUGACAGCUCAGCUGCCUGCCCGUGGUGAGUAUGGCAUUGAGGUGUAUGGCAAUGAUCCCGCCAAGGAUGGGGACACCUAUACUCACAUCUGCCAGUACUACGUGCAUUACGCUCCGCCAGCUGAGCAGCAAUCUGCUUUCUACCAGGAGUCUCCAGAGAGGCGUGGCUUGACUUCAGGCCAGCAGCCCGUCAAACAGGCUGGCAAGUACAAUGCCGGAUCUGCUGGGUUGAACAAUGCUGGUGGUGUGAACUAUGAUGACGAGGACUUGCCACCUCCACCUCCUGAGCUUCUUCAACAGCAGUACCUUUACGGCACUGUACCUGAUAGCCGCCAGCAAGCCGUGCAGAGCAACCUGGCCUACCCUCAAGGUCAGGCUUUCACAUCCUACGCUCCUGGUGUUGGAGAGACUGAGGGACAGAAGCCACAACAGGCAGAGAUUACACACAUUCCUGCGAGUACCAAACCUUUGGAGGUGGAGAAGAGAUCAGUGGGCCAAGAGGGCAUAGCUGCCCCAGCCAGCUUCCAGCUGCAGCCGGUCAAGUCUGACCAGGGGUCUGCCCCAACACCUGCUCCUGCAGGUCAGCAACAGAAGCCUACCUUGGAGGCUAUCGACAGAAACGUGUUGCAGUCUGUGGAUGACCACGCUAUCCAGGUGUCUAAAUCCGAGCAUAACAACUUCAGGGAUUUGGUGUGGGAUUUGAUCUACUCCAAGAACAUCACCAAUGAAUUGGAAAAAGUCAGAGUGAUCUUCCGGUGGUUGGCCACAAAGAAUCUGAAGGAAAUGAACUUUGACACAGUUGACAAAGGCAGUCCUGAAGAGGUGCUGAUGGGUCUGAAGACUGGCACCACCACAUACGCUAUGGUGUUUGACACUAUGUGCAACUAUGCUGGCCUUCACUCAAAGAUCAUCAGUGGAUAUGCUAAGGGAGCUGACUACCGCCCCGGUCAGAAGUUCGUCCCUGGCACCAAUCAGCACUCAUGGAAUGCUGUCUACAUCUACGGCACAUGGUGUCUUAUUGAUGCUCACUGGGCUGCCAGGCGUAUCAUUGGGAAACAGGCUUCUACAGAGGACUUCCAUUACCAGCUCGAUGAGUACUUUUUCUUGCCGGACCCUCAUCAGCUGAUCUACACUCACUUCCCCGACGAGCCCCAGUGGCAACUGCUGGAGAGGUCUGUCACCCUGCAGGAGUUUGAGGCCAUGCCACACAUGAAGCCUCAGUUCUUCAAAUACGGGCUGGAGUUUGUCACCCACAGAACUGGAGUCAUCCACAGUCGUGGAGAGCUGCACAUCCGUCUCCGCUACCCAUCCGAUAAGAUAGCCGUGGCCUUCAACUUCACCAUUCAGUUUGAAGAUGGCAACGAGGAGUACGGUGGUGUCAAGCUGAACAGAUACGGUCUGCAGGAGAGCUCGGGCAGAAUUGCCUCUUUCUCUCUGCGUUUGCCAGUGCAAGGUUCCUACAUUCUCUACAUCUACGCCAAAGAGGACACUCCAGAGAACAAAGACAAUGUGUACGCACAAGUGUGCGAGUACAAGAUCGAGCAGGAGGUUGUCCCCUCGCCCGCCCCUCAGCCUUAUCCCCCUUGCUCUUACCUGAACUGGGGAGCUGGCUCUGCUUUCUACCGCUACAACCUCUCCACGUACCAACAGACUGCCACGCUCAACACCCGUGAAGGAAAGGUUGAGCUGCAGGUUAAGAUUCCUUGCAACAUGCAGUUCAUGGCUAAACUGAAAGCCAAUGACUUCGCCGACCCAGAGCUGGAGGGCUAUGUCUUGCAUCGCAUUGUCGGGAACACAGCGUACUUCAACGUCAGCUGCCCGGGUAGAGGCGAGUACGGCCUGGAGAUCUACGCCAACAACCCUGACAAGGAAGGAAGCACACUGUACCAUGUGGCUCAGUACCUCAUCUUGUGCCAGGAAGAUGUCAAGGUUGAGCGUCUGCCAACACUGCCCCACGGUUAUCUCGGAAAGCAACAAAGGUUUGAUGAGUUUGGCCUUUCAUGUGUGUCUCAUGUCGAUCCUGUGGUCCACCUCGAUGUGAACACAGUCACUGUAGCCCUGAAGCAAUCGGAACCCAUGCGUGUGACAGCCAAUCUGAUCGCCGUAGACUCUGAUGAAGAGUUCCCCGAUUUUGUCUUCUCCAAUUGCCUGGACAGCCAAAUCACAUUCAUCGUGAACCUGCCCUCUGCUGGCUACUUCAAGCUGCAGAUCUACGCCAUGCCACUGUCCGACCCAAGCCAGCAGCUGCCUGGAGUGUUCAACUAUCUCCUCAACUGCCGCGCUGUCACUCAGGCCGUGUUCCCCUUCCCCAAGCAAUACGCCCAAUGGAAGGAGGGCUGCUUCAUGUAUGAGCCCGGUGUGAUCCCCACCAACCGUGGCCCUCAUGCUCAGCAGGUGCAGUUGGGGAGACUCCCCGGCCAGGUCAACUUCCGUGUCAGCAUCCCCCGAGCUGAGGCCGUCGCUGUUGUGGCCGACCAGAACUGGACUCACCUGGAGAGACUUCAGGGUUUCGAAUGGGCUGGUGUUGUUGAUGUCAACGGUCUCUAUGGAAACGGAGUCAAGAUCACCCUGAACGCAAACUUUGGAGGGGACAAGACCAGCUAUUCAACUCUGCUUGAAUACGUUAUCUAGAUUUACUCAUUGCAGUAAACUGUUCUUAACCAAUUGUAGUUCUUUCAUUUAAUCGUAUAAGUAUAGAUGUAGACCAUUAUUCCAAUUUUUAUUAUGAAUAACUAUACGUUUAGGAGUCAUGUCGUGUUUCAAUUUUGUUCUCUUAUUCCUCCUCGUUUUGUUUUUCUUGUUUGUGGAGCUGAACAGGGUUGAAACAAUUGUUACACUUUAUGGCCGUACUCAGUCUAAGUUGUCUUGGAUGGAAACUUUGAGAACAUGGUCCACAUGAAAAAGAACAACAGAAAUAUAUUGUUUGAUCUAAGGUGAUUAAAUUUAAUGUUCAACUUCAGUUGAUAUUGAAAAGCUAUUUCCUUUGUCUGUCCCUUAGCUGAGGACUUUGCUUGUAGUUGCUUCAUAUGAUAUUGUUGUCCACUGCACUCAGAGACAGAAACAUGGGAUCAAAUCAUUUUUGUUGUUUCUUUACAACGUUAACUGCUAUCUUGUUGAAACCAAUUUUCUUUGACAAGGUAAAUCCUUUUUAUGCUAGCCGAAGAAUUAUCUUCAUAUCCAGUUUCUUUCUACUCCCAGUUGUGUGCUUACCACUUUUAAAUUCUACGCAACAAGUCUUUAGGAGUAAAUCUUCCCCCCCCCCGAUAAUGUUUUUGUACAUUUUUAACGAGCUGUUUCCUGCUGAUCCCAUGACACUGUGAUGUAACUGCUUUUGCUUUUUACCUCCGUUUACUGCAGUUUCCUGUCAGAAAGUCUUAGAGGUUACUUUUAAUCAAUAUUGAAAGAAAAACAGAUCUGUUUCCCUUCACACUUUUAACCUUGUUUUUUGCUCUAUAUAUCAAUAAAUUUUUAGGUUCUUUUAAUAGAGCUUCAUUAUUUUUAUUAUUCUUGAGAGCUGGCUCCUAAAUAUUUUUUAAAGCUGUGAAAUUAAGUUUUAAAAUUUUAAGCAACUUUUAGGUUGUUUUUCUUUAUUUGUAAUGCUAACAGUUCUGUUAAAAGUCUUGUUUUAAAAGAUGUUAAUUUUUUAAAAUCAAUAUUGUGAUGUCUCUAUCAUUUCAUAUACACCAAUGGAAUAUAUUGCUUUUAGGGGAAUGCAUUUUUAAUAAUGGUCUCUUUCUCAUGUUUCCAACUUUUCUAUCCAGUCUUUUGUCUCUUCCCGUUCCUAGUGCAAUUUCUCUUUGUGUACUGUACAGCCUCUAUCUUUCCAUCUUUCUUACCGACCCCCAGAAGGGACACACGUAAUCUACUUCGGCUCUGUCACUACUCACAUUUGGUGUUUUGGGCUCUUUUCAUUUGAAACAUGAUGUAUUAUAACUGGGGAAUUUUAAAAUAGUGGUAUUGGAUCUGAAGUGUUUUAUCAAAUAUACUUUUUUGUUUGGACAGACUAAAAACCCUUGAGGUAGCCACAGAAAUAAUACUUUUUUUGAUGUUGCACGCUCUGUGAAUUUGUAUCUGCACCUGGGAAUUUACUUUUCCUGUAGCCAUGACAUGUGUGUUGGCAUUGCUAGCGUAGCUUUUGACAGAGUCUGCUUUGUUUGGGUUUUUUUUUGCUGCCGUGGCUUUUUUAGAAGGAAAGAUUUAAAAAGUUUUCUUUAACAGAAGGUCACAGGUGACACAAUUAUACAAACAUCAAAAUGCGUCACAUGUGAUGCUUGACAAAAGUGAAAUGUCUCUACAUUCUGCUCCUCUCCCAAACCCCCUUUUACUUGUGCUUCUCUUUUUGUUUUGUCAUCCACAAUGCUUAUGUAUAUGGGUGCCAAAGAAAGUACGGAAUUAAGUCAAUAGUACAGUGAUUCCAAAACGCGGUCUCAAAUGUCUCUAAAAUUGACAUGUUCUCAAAAUGAUUCAAUUUAAUGUUUGUGUACUUUUGUAAUACGAAAAGAAAAGGUCAAUGGAAAAGGCUUUUACAUUAUCUUGUGGUGUAGUUAAUGCAUUCUAUCUCUGCAAUAAAAGCUUCUUUCAACUGAAA